CGCCCAUUCGUUCACUGUAGCCCGCCCCGUCCCAACCCCACUCAGUUUAUUCUCCGGAGGAGACAAAAAAUUUGCCUUGGAGCAUCCUCCUUUUCCCUGCUCGUCUUUGCUCUUGGUGGAAAUAGAACAUUCUAUAGGCGGAGCUACGGACGCCUCUUUAAAAACCCGAGUCUCCACACUUGCCCAACACUUUGGUUCCAGCAUCCUGUCCUGCGAGGAAGCAACCAGCCACAAUGAUACCUGGAGGCUUGAGCGAGGCCAAACCUGCUACUCCCGAAAUCCAGGAGAUUGCUGAUAAGGUUAAAUCACAGCUUGAAGAAAAAACAAAUGAGAGUUACCAAGAAUUCGUAGCCGUAGAGUAUAAAAGUCAAGUGGUUGCUGGAGUAAAUUACUUUAUUAAGGUUCGGGUAGGUGAUCAUGGUUAUGUUCACAUAAAAGUAUUCAAACCUCUUCCUGGACAAAAUGAAGAUACUCUAGAGCUUUCUGGUUACCAGACGGGCAAAAGCAAAGAGGAUGAGCUGACUGGCUUUUAGUGGCGUGUUCCACAGUGGUCUGAUUCUUUGCACUGGCCACACAUUGAUGACCCUUGUUAGUAAAUAUAACCAUUAAUAAAGAAACAUUCCUUUUCGAAUACA